GGAUGGUGAUUUCUGAAUGCAUUUGAGUGUCAGAUAAACAUUGCAGGCUUUGCCCUUUCUCCCAUGCAUGAGCACACACAGGACACACACGCACCCCCCCUCAGCACACCUACAAUAAAAACUGUACUCUGCUCCAGUGAUUUUGCCCUUUCAGCUCCACACCUGGAAAAGACACAUUACCCAAAGGUUCAUACUGCGUGGCUCCAUUUCCAUUUUGAUCCAUCCAGUGUGAUCCAUCCAUCUAGAGAAUGAUAUUACAAUCCUUUCCUUAUCUAGAGAUCUUCCUGGGCUUCCUGGGCUUUGGUCUGGCCAUCCUGUUCUGCACCAGCUUCUGCAGAUCGUGCACCCGUCUGCGAGAGGUGCAGAGAGAGAGGGAAGCACAACACCGCAGGGAGCAGGACACCCAGCUGCGCUCCAUAUACUUCAUCCCCUUUCCUAGAAGUAUUUCACAGCAGGACAAUGAAGACAUGCAAAGGAGCGACCACCUUUCCCCACCAAGAUACAGCACCACCGUCCGCUAUGAGCCCCCACCAUCCUAUAAUGAGCUGGGAAUAAAACCGGAUGAUCCCCCACCUCCCUAUACAGAACAUAACAUUCCUGACAUUUUAAGCACACAGUCACCAACUCAGACGAACCUGCAACUAUCGCAAGAACUCUUUCACCCAUAAGGCAGGCGUUUUAUCCUGGUGAUCAUGGACAAUCUUGCACUGCCGUCAUGCAGUUUAUAACCUUUCACUUUUUGUUUUUCCUAUGCAGUCAUUUUUUUUAUUGUUGAACUUUUCUUCAAUUUCAGUUCAAUUUACUUUAUUAUUUUUAUUUAAUAAAGUCAUGCCCUAGUGCUCUAUAGGAAAACUAAACAUAGGGGUCUGAUCUUUCAAAGGUUUGCCUGUACAAAAACACCUGCAAACUGGAUUGUGUGUGCAAAGCUGAUCUACAAACCAGGUGCAAAUCAACAGUGCAAUUUUUUUUGCCUUUGUGUUUGCCUUUAUCAAUAUGCCAAACAUAAAAUAAUGACUCAAAUACACAAAUUUAUGAGAGGCGAAUAUGCAAAUUGUUGUACUAUUGUUUUGUAGCACUUAUUGGUACUAAUAUAAAUCCAAUUAUAUUUUAUUAUUAUUAUCUCCAAAUCCAAGGCAUCUAACUACAUCUUUAAUUGGCUGCUCUGCUCUUCUACGCUAUCUAUAGUAACAGCCAGUAGCACACUCAAUCUCCUCAUUUAAAUAGGGCAGUCCAAACCACACCUGUUAUCCAUUGCAUACACAAUCUUUGUAGAUCACCCCCAACAAAAAACAAAAAAAAACUGCAAGUGCAAUAAGUGGGCGCCACUUAUUGCACUUGCAGUUUUUUUUUGUUUUUUUUUUGGCACAAGCAGUUUAGCGCUCCUUAUUUGCAAUCUUUAAAGAUCAGGCCUUACACAAAAUUAAUGAGUUUCAGAACUCUUUCAGGACUUUGUUUUAGUUUGUGCCUAACUUUGUGGACUGAAGAGGUGUUUAUUUCAUGGGUUUCGGUAAAUUAUUUUUUCUUGUAGUCAAAAGUCUGUUUUGGCACAAUUGUUGUCAGCAUUGUGAUGUUUUAAUGAUUGAUUCUGAACAAAACAUUUCUGUCAGUUUGCUUGUUUGUUGCAAAAACACUGUGAUAAACUGAAAAUGAUGUCA